UUUUAACUGUAUCGAUAAAUUACUUUUUAACGAAUAAAUAUUAAAAGUUUUUCUAUAUUUUGUUUAUAUUGAAGAUUAUUUCAAGAUGAAGAAUGCGUUUGCAAUAGUGGCAACCAUCUGCGUCGUCCUUUUGAUAAUCCAAACUAUAUCCGCAGCACCUGCACCGGAUCCUCAAUGGGGAGGAGCCGGUAACGGUGGCGUUGGAGUUAACGUUGGCGUUGGCAAGGACUCUGGCGUUAACGUUGGCGUUGGCGUUGGCGGUGGCAAAGGAACAGGCAAUGGCGGUAACGGCAGCAAAGCCAAUAACGGUGGUGGUGGCGUUGGCGUUAACGUUGGCGUUGGUGAUGGCUUUAAAUUUGAUUUCAAACUGAAUUGACCAGUGAUUUCAAUUGAAAAUCAUAAAAACUGUUCUUAAUGAAAUGUUUAUACCUAAUUUUACAUCAGGACUCUAUAAAAUUGUAUAGUUUAUCUAUCUUUAUUGUGUAUUGUAAAAUGUUUUUGUAAUUAUUAAUUUAUUUAUUUAAUUUAAUAUAAUACUCUAAGUACUUAUUACAGAAUGUAAUAAUUUUAAGAAAUUAGUAUUGUACUAAUAAAUAUUUUUUAGUUAUAGAAGUU